AUGGCUUCGGCAUUUGGUUGUCGAUCUUCAACCGCGAUCCGGGAUGAUCCACGAUGCAUGGAGGGGUUCGAUGAUGCGCCCAGAACUGCAAUCCCAUUUUUUUCUCCGACCACCAUCCUCCAGAGUUGCUCGGGCGGUCAAUUCGAGGCGGGCGACGUCGAGGUCCUCAGCAGAGGAUUGCCGAGGAUGCCGAAGGCCGGAUGGUCGGACACGAGUGUACGAUUUGCGACAGUGGCUGCGGCUGCGGAUGCGACUGCGAGAAUGCGACGGAGAGGAGGGGAAUAUGGGCAGAUAGAGAGGAGGACACUGGUGAAGGCCGUGGAUCUCGCUCUAGUCAGUGGUGACGUGAGGUGGACAAAAAACGCGGCAGCUGGAGCAGCACGGAUUUCUUUUGCAACAACCAAGACAAUCGCUGAAAAGGAUGCUUCGAUUUUUGAGCAAAACCUGCAGAGCAACGCAGAGGAGCAGAGCAGAUCGCAGAGAGCAGACAGAGAUACGACAGAAGAGGCAGAGAGAGGUGCAGCUCUAAAGAAAGAGGAAGAAGGAGAAAUGGACGAUGAUGAGGGUAGAGGGGGGAGUGGGAAGAAGAAGGAACCAAGGGAAGGGAAGGAAAGUGGAAGGAAAAGGAAGAGCGCGAGACUGCGAGACCAGCGGCCAGCCAGAGAGAGACGCCAGACGCCAGACGGGGAGAGGGUGAGGGCAGGCACGGAACCUAGACGGUGUUUGGAGGUGUCUGCAGUGACUGUUUCUUCCGUCUCUUUUUUACGUGUCUAUGGCGCUGUUGCUGAGGACGGCAAGUGCUGUGCCCGAUACCAAGGUACCGGUGGGAGCAAGUACCUUUCCCAAAGCCGGGUGCAUCUCAGCAAGCAAGCGCACCGGGUCAAUCCAAGUCAGCCGCAGCAAAGUCUCCAAAUCGACGAAGCAGCAAAGGUGGACAAGGUCUCCAUGGAUGGAAGGGUUGGAGUGGGUCCGGUGUCGGUGCUGAUGCCGUGCGUUGGAGCUGGGAGAGCCGUGGCUGCCACCAACAAGCUCUAA